UGCUUCACCUUCCUCUAUCAUUUCUCUUCUUUUGAUUUUUUGUUCAUUCUUUAUCACACUCUCAAGAGUAAAUAGUACCCAAAAAAUCCAAAUUCGAGAAAAAAAAAUUCCCCCUUCUAAGGGAACUUGUUUAAUAAAAAUGUCAUCAUCCAAUUUAAAUCAUCAAGCAAACAAUGGACUCCCAAUAUGUCUUGGAGGGAUGAUGUGUCCUCUUCCCCUCUCCAAAGAGAUGACGGAUCACAUUGGAAGAAGAGAGGCUAUGAAAAAGUUAAGAGUGCAAAGGGGAGGAAAAUGGAAAAAAGAUUCAGAUCUUAUUGUUGCUCUUCUUUAUGAUCUUUGUUUGUCUUGUACAGCAAAGGCUGCUUAAUCCUAACUUAGAUCAAAGUAUUUAAUUUGGUUUUCUUCUAAUGUUUGUUUAUGUACUCUUUGGGGACACCAUGAUAUAUUUUUGUAAGAAACUCCUAGUAAAUUUUGCUAUCUUUUU